CGCACGUGCGCAGCUUAGAGGGAACAUUGGUGGUGAGUUGUGGGCGUUUCAAACCAGGCUUUGGAGCAGUGUUUCGGAGGCUCGACACACCGUCAAAACAUCAUAAACAUAUCAAACUUACCAUUCUCGGAAGAAGAAGAGAGAAGAAGAAGAAAGCACAGAGUUGAGUCAGAUGUUUCUCGUGGAAGUUGAGCACGGAUGACCAGCGCCCCGAUGAAAUUUCUGCUUCUUUCUUUCAGAGUCCCUUUCGACUGUAAUGGCGGCGUUACGACCAUCGACUGUCCUGACGGGAGUAUUUAUCUUCUAUCUACUGGGACAUCUUUACUGUGAAGGCCAAAAAGAGGUCAAAGUCAGACGAGGAGAAGAUGCCACUCUGGAGUGUUACGGUCCCAGUGGUGCUACUGACAUACUGUUAAGGUGGACCAAACCUGACCUGCAGACAGAAGAUUAUGUCAUUUACUUAAAAGAUGGUCAUUUUCAGGAACACCUCCAGAAUGACUUGUUUAAAGGUCGGGUGGAGCUGAAGGAUUCAAAAUGGAUGACGAAUGGAAACUUCUCAGUGAUUCUCCAGAAUGUCACCAUGGAGGAUUCUGGAACAUAUGAAUGUGAAGCAGCAUACAACAAUCAGCCAGUUCAGCUUUUGAACAGAACCAGCCUGAUGGUAGAAGAACCAGGUCAGACAGGAGGACAAAGUGGAGAUGGAGGGGAGGAGGCUGGAGUAAAGGAGAGUGGUUCUGUUGGACUGAUAGCUGGUCUGAUAGUUCCUGCUGUGCUUGUUAUUGUUGGUGGUGGUGCUGUUUUUAUCUACAGAACAUAUAGACGUAGACAAAAUCCAGAUUACCAGCCCCCUGAGGAUCAGGGGCUUUGAAAUUUUAUCAGUGGCUUCCAAACUGAACUGUGAGUCCUGCUGCUUGUUUCAGAUUCACGAAUAGCCAGUUCAACAUUCAGAGUGACUGAUGUUCUGAAGGCAGACACAGUUAACAAUGUAAAAUUAAAUUAUGGAUGAUGAAAUUGAAGUGGAAUUCAACAAUUUUUAAGAAACAAUGUUUUUUUUAGUCUUAAAACAAAACUAGUCAUAGUCAUGAAAACAUUGAUCAGUCAGGAGAUGAAAAGAAACCUCUGACCUGUUGAGCCAUUCAAUGCAGCUUUAAUAUGAUCUGGAAUCUUUGGUGGCAGAUUUCCUUUCUCAUGUAUUGAUCACAUAUUUUACCAUAUCACUGUAACUGUAGAUUUACACUGUCACCAGUUGUAUGCAUGCCCACGACAAAUGGGCCUUAUGCUCUAUCACACCUACACACACACACACACACACACAGAGUGGGGCAUUGUAAGUUCAUGGGAGACGUUAAACAGAUAGCGAGACUCCUGCUAAUGAGGGAUAUAAAUCUUUAGGUCAUGGCUAAGCAGAAGGCAAGGUCAUAAUUCUCUCUCUGUGGGGGGGAAGGUUUCAAGGAAAUUUUGAGCUGAAGGUAUAGACUCAUGUGACAUGCUAAGGAAUUUUCUUUGUGUGUGAGUUUGGUAAAAACAAUAUAAGAUGAGCAACCCCAAGCAAAAUUUCAGAGAUCACCCUGGUGUUUGGCUGGGAUGUUUCUCUCCACAUUGCAAUGUGUUUAUUAAACCCACUUCAAAUAAUGUUCACAAAGGGAGUGCUGCAGGUUAUUGUGAAAAUUUCCAUAACAAAUCAGUCCAAAGAAAAUAAAACACUGAUGUUUGGGUGUGUGAAUGAACCCACUGCAGGUAACAACAGGUGUAACACAGAAACCUAAAAAAACCCCAAAAAACACUGAAACUGAGUUAAAGUGAAACGUGUCUGAGCCUGUCCCUGUGAAACAGAGUUUGGAGCCUGCAUCAUUGUUUUAGUCAGAAUAAAGUGCUGAAUAACCAAAUGUUGUCAUGACUUCCUUCUACAUAGAGGACAGGACAUUUUUAGGGCCCAGCAGCUUCAGAAGUACUGAGAGCAGUGGCUGUGUUUGUGGGAGGUGCUUAAAUGAAAAGAGCCCAGGCAGCAGGUUUAACAGGUCUUUGCACUCAAACAUGAAGUCUGAUUCAAUACAACCUCGACAUACUCCCACAGUAUACCAUUACUAAGCUACAUUUUCAGUUCACUCCUCUGUGAAUGUUUUAAAAGAAAACUAAAAACAGUAAUUUCUUUCAGACAAAAUGUGCUGAUAAGGUGGGAUAGGAAUUUUCCAGACUGCUGUGUCAUAAUAUUUGAAGUCCUGUUUGAUUUUUCUUCUCUAGAAAUAUAAGAGCAUUUCAUCAGGAGGCACAAACCUGCAGCUUUGUGAUUUCAUUAAUAUAAGACAAACAUUUAAUAUUUCACAGGUAUAUUUGAGUCUAACUGGUCCUUGUGCUUCAAAUUUAAACACUUUCAUUUAGAUUUAAAACAUCUACAAAAGUCUGGGGCAGUGAAUUAAAGAUAAAACAUGUUUGUAAAAACAGAGAGUAGAAAAAAAUGACGUGAUCAACAGCUGAGACAGUGGAAAAACCGACUUCCUUCUACCCGUCCUUCCUCUUACCUGCUCACCUGUGACUUCUGUAAGCAGGCUGUACACUUUAAUGUCUGUGCCGCCUGGUGGUCAGUACAGGUACUACAUCAACCCCUACCUCUCACCAGACCUCAAACUAAGAGCAAAUACACACUUCAAAACUGGGUAAAACAUGAUUCAGCCUCUGAUUAUUAUCCACCAAGGCUUUAAUUAUUUGUCAUCUAAUAUUAAAUUUUGUUUUAAAUCAGUGAGUGUUUUAUGAUAUUGAUCUGUUAUUUUUUUUUCUCUGUCUUAAAUGCUUCUUGGGGACACAUGACAUAAAAGAAUUAAUGAAUAAAAAAAAUUUUAAUCUCAAAAGCUUCCUAGAAAUGUUUGAGUUAUCGCUCAGAAGAGAUCGAAGCAUCAGCAACAUUUGUAGUAGAAAACAACUUUAUUAUUUUUCCAAUGCUUUUUUUGGUUUGUACGUUUCAUCACAGUUAGUUGUCGACUAACCAAAUUUUUAGAGGCACACAAUCACAAAUUUAGCCUAUUAUCAUCUUCAUUUACACUUUUGUCUUCUCUUUUAUCUUUAAAAACAAACGCUAGACUUUAGAAAAUAAAA